AUUGCAAUACCUCUGAAAGUACAGCGAUUUGUGUGUGACUAUGAUGUGUUCGUAAUUCUUAUUGUUAGUUUGAGGAUUAUUUACAAAAAAGCUUGAAAUAAUACGAGAUGGCAACGUCCAGCGAAACUUCCGAUCAAAACGUUAAAUCCAGGCGUCCUGCUGAGUCUGCAUUUAAGCAGCAGCGGUUGCCUGCCUGGCAGCCGAUCCUGACUGCAGGGACAGUCCUGCCAACGUUUUUCGUGAUCGGCAUCGCGUUUAUACCAGUCGGUAUUGGACUGCUCUACUUCUCCGAUGAGGUGAAGGAACAUGUGAUAGACUACACAAACUGUUUGAAAGAUGGUGAGAACAUAACAUGCGCGGACUACAUCAAACGCACCUCCAUGGACCAGUGCAUCUGCCGCCUCUCCUUCAACUUGACUGAGGACUUCAAGAAUGAUGUGUACUUUUACUAUGGACUCAGCAACUACUAUCAAAAUCAUCGGCGAUAUGUUAAGUCUAGGGAUGACAGUCAGCUCCUGGGCCGUCUCUCACUGACGCCGUCAUCAGAUUGUGAACCAUUUGCUUAUGCUAUUGAAGACGGCAAGUCCAAGCCCGUGGCACCCUGUGGAGCUAUUGCCAACUCUUUGUUCAACGAUACUCUGACGGUGCGGUCUCAGGAAGUGAGCAAGGAUGUGCCGGUACUCCGCACUGGCAUCGCUUGGGCUUCCGAUAAAGAAAUCAAGUUCAGAAACCCAGAGGGAGACCUUCGUGUUGCGUUCGCAAAUUUCACGAAGCCGGUGAACUGGCGCCUCAACGUGUGGGAGUUGGAUCUCAAUGACACUGAAAACAACGGCUUUCAGAAUGAAGACCUGAUAGUAUGGAUGCGUACGGCCGCUCUGCCGACCUUCCGCAAGCUGUACCGACGCGUCGACCACACCAAGGAGGGCUUCAUGAACGGACUGCUGAAGGGUCCCUAUGUCCUCACUGUUGAAUACAACUAUCCGGUGACAGACUUCGACGGCACGAAAUCCUUCAUAAUUUCUACUACGUCGCUCCUAGGCGGCAAGAACCCUUUCCUAGGCGUCGCCUAUGUAGUGGUCGGCACUCUAUGUCUCUUACUAGGCAUUGUGCUACUCGUCAUACAUGUCAAGUGCUCUAAGAGUACAACGGAGAUGAUAAACGUGAACCCCCGCACUCCGUACUCCUAAGCUGUGACGUCAUGAGAGGUGAAUACACUUUUUAGUUUUUGAGAUUAUAUUUUGUUGUUAAAAACCAAAUAAACGGCACUAAUACUGUGGAAUUAAUUAUUGUUUGGCAAGAACAUCAAGUUGCUAUAAUCACCUUUUUCAUAAUACAUCUGUUUACUUUGAAAAUUUAGGGUAAUCAGAUGUAUUAUGUUAUUCACUACGUUAGUGAACCUAGGCCUGGUUGGUCGGUUAGUCGGUAAACCAUCAAAUGUUCCGCCGAUCUUAAUGAUGGUCUCCAAGAUCCUAGAGACCAAGAAUCACCAGACUUCCAAUUUUAUCGAGAAAUUGAUGCGAUGCUCGAUUUACUUCACCACCGUGGCAAAAAUUAGACGAAAACUUCCAAUAAGUACUUAAAGCCGUCAUUUAACACACUUACCGAAAAAAAUAUCGAUAUAUCGAUUUUUAUCGAUGCAACUUGCCUAACAAAAUGUUUAGUAGAAUGUGAUAGAGUUGUGUUUUAAUUUAAUUGUGAUAAAUCAUUGUUAUUAUAGCGUUGUAUAGCUCGUGUUAGCUGAAAUGACGCGCCGCAGUAGGUUCAACAUUUUCAGUGCACGGUGGACUUAAAAUGCGUCCAUUACAGCUUAGACAAGCUAUAUAUUAUGUUUAUUAAUGUUAAUUUUAUUUACAAAAAUGUUAAUCUUUUUGUAGUAACUUACUAAAUGACAUGAUGUAGAGAUGUUAUUUCAAAAUGUUUUACUAACAUUUUCAUAUCAACGUGAAACACUUUAAAGGAAACAUGACCUAUGUAUUUAAAAUUUUAAACGUUUUCCUCUGAUCAUAUGAAAUUUAUAUUGAUAUUAUUAUUUUCUUUAAUAACACAUAUAAACAUCGAUAUAUAUGUAUCAAGUUGUCGCUAUCUAUGUAAGCAUGUACUAGGGCUUAUCAUCGGACCGUAUGUGCAUAGGUCGCGAUAUAAAUUAUAUUGCUAUCGACGUCUUUCUAAUGCGAUUUCAUUGAAAUUAAACCGAUAACGAUACGUCAUCGGCUUUAUUUGCAUAUUUCUUUACAUAAAUAAACUUGGGAUUUUGUAAUACAAUUAUGGAUAUAAUGAAUACUUGAGACGAAAAUCGGAUCUCUAAAAGUAUAAUGAAAAAUAAAAUAUUCCAAAAUGUUUUAGGUAAAUGUUAAUGUAGGAAAUAUUCAUUGUAUUAAGAAUUAAUAUAAAACUGAUCUAUAUGAUAUUCAGCGAAAAUAUGAGCCAAUGGUAAUGUUUUUAUUUAUGAAUGUUGUAUCCAUUGUGCCAAUCGCUCUCCAUACUCAAAGGGCUGAUCUUCAAUCAUCAGUUAACAUAUUUUUUACACCAAAAACUUUCAUAAAAUCGAAUAUUCUUCAAAUUAAAGUUAUCUGAUCAUUGAAAAUUCAGCCCUGAGGCUAAAUUCGUGUAAUAAUCUUCUUACUGUCGUUAAAUGUGAUUUAACAAUAAAUAAUCAUUUGAGCAAUAAGGCAAGUGAAAACUUGCAAUUGGUAUAUUUUUGAAGCAGUGCAUUUUGGGAAAUUAAAAUCAUUAUUUUUUAUUGAUUAUAAUCAAUCAGAAAGAUUAAUCAAAUUUCAAUAUUAUGCACUUAAAUAUUCGCCAAAUACGAUUGAUUAUAAUUAUUUUUUGUCCAUUUACGUCAGUAAGAAUACAUAUUUGACACAGCACAGUUGCAGGUAAAACCUAUGACUUCAAUGUUAGUAGAGGAAUUCUAAAGAAUGUACUAACUUAUUAGUUUAUUGAAAAGUGCCUUUGUAUCAAAUAAUUAGAAGCUUUUGUAUCUCGUUGUCGCUACUUUAUAGUUUUAAUAUUUUCUCACUAAUAAGUAUUAUUCUAUUUAUUGUAAGGUUAACUUGCCGCUACGGAAAUGUUAUGUAUGUUUGAAUAUAAACGGCACGGAACUGCUCCGACCCAGCUAUUAACUUUUUUUAACGACGUCAAAAAUCAUCAAAUGACCCCUCCCGCCAUAGGUUAGGGAGCGGCAGGGAGUAUCAGACUCUUACUGACUAAAAACCAUCGUGUUCCGUCGUAGGCUUAUGUACCAGGGCCGCGGUAACUAUCCCGCAGCCCCGGCAGGACCCAGCUAUUAACUUGUGAUUUGAAUUUGACCCUUAAAUGGCGUCUCAGCGAGCUUGCAGCUACUGGCAGAUAGCUCCGCCGUGCCUUGCCGUUCAUGUGUACCGUCACCGUUUAGAGUUAACGUUACAAAGUUAUAAGACGCCUUAUUUGUUGAUUAUUUGACAAAACAUUAUCUGAGUAAAGUAAUAUAAUUUUCUUGAUAACAUAACAUUUGCGUAGCCGCAACAAUCAAUAAUGAAACAUUCGAAUUAUUGAUAACACUGAUACACGCCUCUUUAUAAUUAAUGGUUUUUAUCGAUUCUGACAAUCUGGGGUAAACACUGCUUGUGCACUCGGCAUUUACACAAAUAUCUUCUAAAGAACUAGAAUAACCGAUAUUGUUGUAACUUGGGCUUACCUACUAAAUUCACCGACAAGGUAAACGUCAGUUUCCCAACACUUUUGACUAUGUUCUUUUAUGUUCCUAUGAAAUUUAAUUGAAACUCGGUUGUUUUUAGAACAAACGGACGUUUAUGUUGUCGGUGAAAUUAGGCCUAGAAGUCGAUAAUGAGGGAAUGCCCCUAUGUAUCUUAUACCUAGGUACUUUGCGUGAAAAAAGAAUGUUCACGUGUUGAAAAUAUGAAAUACUUAAAGAGAUCUAAGCCAAGUGGUGUGUACCUCUUUCUUUCUAUGCUUGUAUAAUUAACAUUGCAUUUAAUUCUAUUUAAUUGUAUUCUAUUCACUUCUUUUGUAAGUAUAUUAAGUAUUAGCAGUACCUAUCUUUGUAUGAAAGCACGAAAUGUUUAUUGUGAACGUAGAGGUUUAGUUGAAUAAAUGUUUAAAAAAUCAA